UUAAGUCGCUGAUAAGCAGAAACGCUGACCGCAGCAAAGUGACGUUUGAGAGUGAACCUUUGUUUAGUUGGUGAUUUGAUAGUGAACGAUUUAGUGUGUGACUGAUUGUGACAAUAGACGGUACAAGUAGUAAAUAAGUAGUGCAUACGAAGAACGAAGAAGCAAAAAAGAAAAUGCUUUCGCGCACAAAAUUGCUCUUAGUAUUGCUAUUAGCGGUAGCAACAACAACUCAAGCAGCAAUAAUAACGUCGCUUAGUACAUCGAAAAUUUCGCCGGAAAUGAUCAACGAACUAAAAGAUUUUCUUGACCUGAUACCCGCGGCCAUAGUGGACGAAAUCGUCGCCAAGCACUACAUCAUCGAUUCGAAUUUCCGUGAAGUGCUCAAUUAUCUACGCAGCACGCAAUUUACAGAGCUGAUGCAGCAGGCCGAGCAAAUACCCGAAGUUGCAGAGAUUUUGGCGUAUUUGCAUUUGCUUGUGCCUGAUGCUGAAGCUGAUGCAGUCACUUCCAACCAAGGAGGCGCCACAUAUGGCACGGUGAAUGCGAGGUCAUCCGAUGUGCAGCUGCAGCUUGAAUCGCAACUCGAUUUUGUAUUGCUGAAUGAGUUGAACGAAGAGGAGGAUGAGGUGAAGAAGAGUAAGCAGGGCGAUGCUGAGGCAAUGCAUUUGAGUUAUGUUGCACUCGCCUCGCACUCAGUGCCGCCACCAUAUGCCCACCACUUACGCACGUUUAGCAGUUUUGUGGAGGAGCUUUUGAAGCACUUGCCUCGCGACCAAUACGUGCAAUUGAUUAAUCAAAAGCGUCAGCAGAAUCUAGCGUUCGCGCAAUUUUAUGCAGCUUUGCGCAGCGCCGAGCUGCGUCCGAUGGUCGAUGUAGCGUUGAAAUCUUCUAAUCUAACGACAAUAAUUAAAACGCUGACUUCCAACGGUGUCGAUGUGCAGAGCUUGGAGGCCACUGCAUUUAAAGUGAUUUCCUGGGGUCCCGUACCAAUAGCUGUGUCAGGUUUUAAAAGGAUGCGCACUUUGGCAUUUAUCUGGAGCACGCAUUUACAAUAUUGAUUGAAAUGAGCGCAGUGAAAGCAAGAAAUUUGCUUUUCAAUUGAAAUAAUGCGCUACGAUUUUAGGCCGUUGUAUGUAUGUAUGUUAGUAUUUAUAAAACUUUAUAAAGCUGAAAAUGGAUGUAACUAUCCAAUAAACGACGUUGAAGUAAGCGUGCUUAUGAAUAAAUAUUUCCC